CCAAACACAAUAGAGAAUAGUGCAAAUGACACCAUUAUUUAAGGUUUCAUGUUGUACGCCAUUUACCCAAACAUCUUUGCUAGAAACUAAUCAGCGCAAUGGCUCUUGCACUUAGAUUUACAGCUUCUACCUCUCUUUACACCCAAAUUAGGCUAACAUCUCAAAUCUUUACCCCAUCAGUAAAAUCCAUUCCGGCCCAAGUUCGGCACACUGGUCGAUGCACUUGUGUCAACCCAAAGAUUUCUGAUGAAAAGAUUGUCAGGCGAUCCGCAAACUACCAAUCUCCCAUUUGGAACUAUGACUAUGUGCAAUCGCUAGAUAAUAAAUUCGUGGGAGGUACGUAUGUAUCACUAGCUAUGAAGCUGAAGGAAGAUGUGAAGAAAAUGCUUAAAGAAGUAGUGGAUCCAUUGGAUGGACUUGAGAUGAUUGAUGACUUGCAAAGGCUUGGAGUGUUUUACCACUUUGAGGAUGAAAUCAAAAGAGUCCUUGAGAGCAUAUACAACAACAACAAACAUGAGAAGGGGAACGAAGAUGAUUUGCAUGCUAUGUCUCUCAAGUUUAGACUUUUGCGACAAUAUGGUUAUAAUGUCCCUCAAGAGGCAUUUGAGAAAUUUAUGGAUGAGACAGGACAUUUCAAAUCUUGCCUUUGCAAGGAUAUAAGAGGAACGCUAUCUUUGUACGAAGCCUCGUUCCUUUCAUUUAGGGGUGAAAGCAUAUUGGAGGAGGCUAGAAAUUUUGCAACUAAAAAUCUUGAACAACACCAUAAGAGAAAGGACAGUGAUCAAGAUCUUGCCUCAUUGGUCAGUCACGCCUUGGAGCUUCCACUACAUUGGAGGAUGCCCAGGUUGGAGGCAAGAUGGUUCAUCGAUUUGUGUGAGAGGAGGCCAAAUAUGAACCCUACAUUGCUUCAACUUGCUAAACUGGAUUUUAACAUGGUGCAGGCAACUCACCAAGAAGAUCUAAAGCACAUGUCGAGGUGGUGGAGCAAAACCGGUUUGGCGAAAAAAUUGGGCUUUGCCAGGGACAGGUUGAUGGAGAAUUUCUUGUGGACUAUUGGCCUCAAUUUCAAGCCCCAAUUCUCAAAUCUUAGGAGAAACAUUACAAUUGUCAAUGCUCUUAUCACAACCAUCGAUGAUGUCUAUGAUGUUUAUGGUACACUGGAUGAACUAGAAAUUUUCACAAGUGCCGUUGAAAGGUGGGAUAUAAGUGCAAUAGAACAACUUCCAGACUAUAUGAAGAUAUGUUACCUAGCUCUCUUAAACUCGAUUAAUGAAAUGGGUUAUGAGACUCUUAAGGAGCAGGGCAUUCACAUCAUCCCUCACCUCCAGAAAUCGUGGGCAGAUUUAUGCAAAUGUUAUUUGAAGGAGGCAAAGUGGUACUAUAGCGGAUACACACCAACUCUUGAAGAAUACAUGAACAAUGCAUGGAUUUCAAUUUCAGCUCCUGCUAUACUAACUCAUGCUUACUUUUUGUGUACAAAUCCCAUAACCCCAGAGGGUUCCGAAUGCUCAAAUAAAUACCCCAAUAUUUUUCAAUGGUCAGGCACUAUUUUACGGCUUGCAGAUGAUAUGGGAACAUCACCGGAUGAGAUAAUGAGAGGUGACACACCAAAAUCGAUACAAUGUUAUAUGUAUGAAACCGGUGCAUCAGAGGAAGAUGCCCGAGAACACAUCAAAUACUUUAUUAGGGAGACAUGGAAGCAGAUGAACGAAGACCGAUUUGAAAAUUCUGCCUUCUCCCGAACUCUUGUGGAAAUAGCAAUGAAUCUUGCUAGGAUGUCCCAGUGCAUGUACCAAUACGGAGAUGGCCAUGCUGCUCAAGGUCGGGAUACUAAAGACCGAGUGUUAUCACUGCUAGUCAAUCCCAUUUCGCUUGAAUAUUAACGUACAAUAAAACUAUUUUGGACAGUGGGUUUUUUUAUGGGAUCAUAGCUAUUUUCCUAAUGUUAGAAUCAAUAAUUUGUAAUGAAUUAAUAUGUGUUGAAUAAGCUGCCGGUGCAUAUAUCGAACAGAUAUGUCGAUGGGUAAAUGGCAUCUCUGUCAUAGCAUCAGGAUAGAUUGUGAUAAGUCAAAUGCAGCAUGUGUAGUGUAAUAACUGAUGAGCAUGGCUCUCAUGCUUAUGACAUGUAAUGGCUUUUAUUAUUCAAAAUCUCCUCUUAGCUUAUUGUG